GUCGCGACGCUUGAUGCCACGUCACCUCUAAGAGACUCGCAUGUGUUUAUGUUUGGUUUGAAAUGAAACUUGCGCCUCGCUGAUACACUCAUUGUUUGUUUGUGGUUUCACAUAGUUUCGAACAGCAUUAUUUCGGUCAAGAUGUUGACGAUGGAAGGCUUCACUUGUUUUCCGGGUUUAAUGUGGGAGAAGGUGCUGUCAAAGGUAAAGAAAGCGAUUGUUUUCAUGGAUGACAAGUGCAGCGAGAACCUUCACUGGAAUGGUGGAGCAACCAGUUUAUUAGAGGCUGGAGCACGUAACAUUAAGCAGUUCUCUAGCUUUGAGGCUGGAGGAGACAACGAAGCCAAGGCUGUGUUCGUGGUUAGCACUCUGUUAAAAGGCAGAACAGCGGACAUCAUUAAAGACAUCAUUUCCAUGAGCCAUUUUCAGUACUGUGUUGUCUUCACUGCCGUUCCUCACUCUAUUCAUCUCCUUGCUAAUAAAGUCACCACGGAACUAGAGGGUAAUCCAGUGUUUGAGCAAUUUGAGGAGAAACUGUGCGAGUGGAUGGGUGACAUGAACUACACCGCUGAGGUGAUGCAUGCACCGGUUGUCUUCGCCCCUCUGUCGCAGCAGUUCCUCCUCUCACCCAUCUUCUCGCAGCUGUUCCCGUUGCUCCCUUCUGACCUCGAAUCCAUCAACCGAAAGCGUCCGGAGAAGAAGAGAUUUAGCAGUCUGCUCGAUGUGGACAUACAUUCUCUUCCCCCAGAGCUGCAGAUACAAAUUAAAUCCCUUGCCUCGGCGCUAAAUGCUAUGUUUGAAUGCACCAACACUCGUGAGGAGAGCUUUGCUGUUGGACCCAUGAGCCGUCUCAUAGCGGGGGAGCUGGCCAGUCAUCCACAGGCCAAAAACAGAAGAAAGGCGGCUCCCAACAAGGCAUCAAUUGUCUUCAUAGACAGGACGUUAGACCUAACAGGAGCUGUUGGUCACCAUGGUGAUAACCUUGUGGAGAAAAUACUGUCCGCACUGCCUAUGUUGCCGGGACACACGACUGACAUACAGGUGGACAUGCUGGAGCUGACCAACCUGCAGCGCACUCCUGACAUAGAGGGGGUCUUGGCACCAGGCUGCCUGGCACAAAACCAGUCGUCGCCGGCGCGGUCGCUAUGGGAGACCAUGCUGGUUGCUAAGCAGAAGGAGGCAGUGAUGGAGGUGCGGGGGAAACUGGUGGAGGCAGCCAGCAAAGAGAACCUGCCAAUCAAGAUGAGCAUGGGUCGUGUAACAGCUCAACAGAUCAGUUCCUACGCCCAGCUCUUCAAGGGCCAGACGGAGGCUGUGGAGAACCACGCCGGCGUGCUGCAGUUGGCCCUCGCCACCGCCCAGACGCUGCGCCACCCGGCCCUCACCCGCUGGGACGCCAGCCUGGCCUUCCAGAGGCUGCUGCUGCAGGCUCUUGGAGACUCGGACCUCGCAGCUGUUCUGAAACAGGUUCUGCCGCUGAUCAAGUCAGCCUGUGGUUCCGAGGGCUCCGAAGCGGGUUCCGGUUCCGGGGAGGAGGCGGCGGUGCUGGGGGCGGACGACCUGCUGGCGCUGCUGGUGUUCCUGUACUCGCUGUCAGAGGAGGCGCACCCGGGGGAGGGGGAGGAGGCGCAGGAGAAGGUGGAGAGGGAGCUGAUUGGAGCGCUCACCCUGCUCCUCACAAAGCAGACACAACUCAGCCCACUGCUUCAGAGCAUCACUGGAGCAUCGAGCCCUGAGGAGAUGACGAUGGAGCGCGCCCACUCAGCGCUGGAGGGUGUGUUUGAGACCCUGAGGGUGCUGGGCCACGCCCGUGAGCACCUGAAGCAGCUGCACUCCGUCUACACACCCAGCGACGGGGUCCACCAGGCCACGUAUCGACCAUUUCUGAAGCAGGUUCUCGAGGAGAUCUUCCACCCUGACCGCCCGGAAUGUCCUGAUAUAGAACACACUUCAGCUGGUCUCACAGAUCUACUGAAGACUGGCUUCAGCAUGUUCAUGAAGGUGAGCAGACCACACCCCAGUGACCAUCCUCUGCUGUUUCUCUUCCUGGUGGGCGGAGUCACCCCCUCAGAGCUCCGCCUCAUCCGUGACACUGUCUCCGCCCACAGGCCGGGCGCUCAGGUGCUGGUGUUGUCCACCAGACUGCUGCGGCCCGCAGACAUCCCUCAGCUGCUCUUCGCUACCGAUAGGCUGGUCCCGGACAUCGGAGUGUGAGCAUGGACCUCCAGACACACAUAACACACACACACACACACACACACACACACACACACACACUUAUUUCCCCUCACAGCUCCUCACAACACACUCAAAAAUCAACUCAGGCUCCAACUCACACUAAACUCCAGCUCCAGUUCUAAUGACUUCUUGGGUGCCUGUGGCCGUCUCCCCCUGGGGAUACUGAGCAGGGCCUGUGGUGUGUGCUGGUGGUCAGGGCCCUCAGGGCGUGUUCUUCCCCCGCUGUGGUGGCUCUUCAUGUGGCCACUGGGUGGGGAGCCUGUCCCUGUCAUUCGCCCCAGGAGCCUGGAGCUUUUGCGCUGCUGUUCAACGUCAUGGCCAUAAAUCUGACCAAGGCCCCUGAGCCACAACCAUGCUGUGGACGUAAGUCUAUAUACACACACACACACACACAUAUAUAUAUAUACACUCAUAAACUCAUACACACACACACUCCCACAUACACAUGAACUCUUACCCAAGCCUAUACACACACUCACAUGUACACAGACACACACACACUCACUCACUCACUCACAUGCAAGGCAUGGAGGAAAAGAACAAGCCACUAGCCUGCUAAAGCCAACAGCUGGCGGAUGGCUCCGACGGGGAGCGCAGGCUGGCCCACACAGAGAGGCUGAGACAGCCCUCUCCUGCCUGAUCCCGGGCCUGGAGAGCCGUCAGUGUGUGGCCGUCAAAAAAAAACAAGAUCCGGUCCCCGGGAAGAACCUUAAACGCGCACGCCUGCAUCUAUUCAAGCAGAGAGAGAUGAUGAUGACGACGGUGAAGUUGA